AUUUAUUGAACAUAAAAUGUGAAACGCGCCGCCCAUCGAGUAAUCUGAUCACCGCCACAGAAACUCGUAAUCUCUGAUCUGCCGUGGCAAUGUCGAUGUCGAUGACAAUGGGGUUUUCUGCCCCAAUGAAGUUCAAGGCCAACGCUGUUAUGAAUUACAACGAACAACACCACCACGCGCUUGAUGCGUCGUAUGUAAAACGCGCCGCCGAGUUAUCAGACCUGUCUGCCGGUUUCACCUCGCCGCAUCCUAACUUUGGCUGCGUGAUAGCAAAAAACAGCAAAGUUUUCGGAGAAGGAUACCUUUACGCUCAAGGGACGAAACCGGCGGAGGUCCAGGCGGUGGAGGCCGCCGGAGAGUACUGCAGAGGCGCCACUGCUUAUGUCAAUAUGGAACCUGAAGACUGCAACAACGAUAACACCUCUCUAUCUGCUUUUAUUAAGGCUGGAAUUACCAGAGUUGUAAUUGGGAUCAGAAAUCCAUUGCAACAUCUUCGUGGAAAUGCUAUUCAAACAUUGCGAAGUGAAGGACUACAGGUUGAUGUUCUUGGGGAAGAUAUAAGAGGUGUCUCCAUGGAGGAUGCUCUGAAAUCAUGUCUUGUUGUCAACGCCCCUUUGCUAUAUAGAUCAGCGUUUCAACUCCCAUUCUCUGUUUUAAAGUACGCCAUGACCCUUGAUGGAAAAAUUGCUACUAGUAGUGGACAUUCAUUAUGGAUAAGCAACGAAAAGUCAAGAUCACGAGUCUUUGAGUUACGUGGUAGAAGCGAUGUGGUUAUUGUAGGAGGAAAUACACUACGCAAAGAUAAUCCGCGUUUAACUCCAAGAAAUGGUGGUGCUCAUUUACCUACACGAAUUGUUAUGUCACAAACACUUGAUCUUCCCGAGGUUGCAAAUCUUUGGGAUGUUAGAGAUGUGCCCACAAUAGUUGUCACUCAUAGAGGCGCAAGAAGAAGUUUUCAGAAGUUUCUUGCCUCAAAAGGGGUUGAAGUAGUGGAAUUUGACGUUUUUAACCCUAAAAAAGUUGCGGAAUAUCUUUAUGAUCGUGGGUAUCUUUCAGUGUUGUGGGAAUGUGGAGGGACAUUAUCGGCAUCAGCUAUUUUAUCGGGUGUCAUACACAAGGUGCAUGCUUUUGUUGCUCCUAAGAUAAUUGGAGGAAGGAAUGCGCCUUCUCCAGUUGGGGAACUUGGGAUGGUUGAAAUGACACAGGCUUUGGAGUUAAGUGAUGUUUCUUAUGAGCAGAUAGAAUCUGAUGUGCUUAUUAGUGGAUAUGUGCAACCCAUUCCUGAUUUGACACAAUCAACAAUUGAUCCAACUUUAUCUCUUAAGAUAAUUGGUGGAAGGAAUAAGCCAUGAAACCUAAUCAUAUAUACUAUACAUCCUCCCUGACCACCUUUGAUUUUGUGCUAGCACAUCUUAAUAAAUAUGGUGUUUUUUUUUUGUUUAACUUUUUUUUUUGUUUGUAACCUGUUUUGUUUCAUUAUUAUAAUAGAAGUAUGAUUUUAGCUCCUUUACCUUAUGUAUAUACAUUCAUAACCCAAGAGUGAGAGUUAUAUUUUUUGAUCAAAUUCACGUACAUAUAUUUGUGAGUUCCUAUUAAUCAUAUUUUGUGGCUUGAAAUCCAACAUGGGAGGCCAGAAAUCCGCCAAGAUUCUCAGGGACUUCCUCGAUGCCAAGUAUCCCACCUUGUUAUAAUAAUUUAUAAUAUAUUUAAACGGAUGUAUUUGGAUUCGCCCUAUUAUAUGUAUAAGUUUUUUUUUACGUCCUUAACUCCUUUAG